GAUUUGCCAGCCCUCCCAAAUUUAAACGUUCAAAAAUAAAAAAAUAAAAAAUAAAAAAAAAUAAAAACUGCAAAUAUUAACAAAAAAGAAAAAGAAAAAGACAGCUCCUCUCAAAAAUAUAAAGACAAACAAAACUUAGAAAGACAAAGAAAGGAAGCGUGCUACCAUAACCGCAGGGCAUAUGGCAACUUUAAGCACCCCUCCUGUGUCUCUCCCGCGUCACCCAAACACAACCACCACAACUGUCAAUAACGACCUUCUUUCACUGAUAGACCAAUGCACCAACACAAAGCAGCUGCAGCAAGUCCAUGCCCGUAUGCUUCGUACGGGUCUCUUCUUCGACCCUUACUCCUCCAGCAAGCUCAUCACGGCUUCUGCUCUCUCUUCCUUCUCCAGUCUCGAUUAUGCCCGCCGGGUAUUCGACCAAAUUCCACAGCCAAAUCUUUAUACUUGGAACACCCUCAUUCGAGGUUAUGCAUCCAGUUCUGAACCCAGCCAAAGUAUUGUUGUCUUUCUGGAAAUGCUUUACCGGGGUUGUGAAUUACCGAAUAAAUUCACGUACCCUUUUGUUAUCAAGGCAGCUUCGGAGCUUAAGGAUUUGCUGAUAGGAACAGGUUUUCAUGGAAUGGUAAUCAAGUCCUCACUUGGUUCGGAUGUGUUUAUUCUUAAUUCGCUUAUACAUUUUUAUGGGUCGUGUGGGGAUUUGGAUUUGGCAUAUCGGGUGUUUCUUAACAUUCCUAAAAAGGAUCUUGUUUCUUGGAAUUCUAUGAUUACAGCUUUUGUGCAGGGAAAUUAUCCCAAUAAGGUAUUUGAAAUGUUUAGGGAAAUGGAGUUGGAGAAUGUGAAACCGAAUGAUAUAACAAUGUUAGGGGUCUUGUCUGCUUGUGCAAAGAAGGUGGACAUAGAGUUUGGGAGGUGGGUCUGUUCGUAUAUUGAAAGGAAUGAGAUUAGAGUGAACUUGACUUUAAACAAUGCAAUGCUUGAUAUGUAUGUGAAAUGUGGGAGUAUUGAAGAUGCAAAAAGAUUGUUUGAUAAUAUGCAAGAGAAGGAUGUUGUCUCAUGGACCACUAUGCUUGAUGGGUAUGCUCAGUUGGAGAAAUAUGAUGAGGCUCAUCGUGUUUUUGAAGCAAUGCCUUGUCAAGAUAUUGCUGCCUGGAAUGUCCUCAUUUCUUCUUAUGAACAAAAUGGUAAGCCCAAGGAGGCUUUGGCUACUUUCCGUAAGUUGCAAACUAGCAAGACUGCAAAGCCUGAUGAAGUCACUUUGGUCAGUACUCUGUCAUCUUGUGCUCAGUUGGGAGCAAUUGAUCUUGGACGGUGGAUUCAUGUCUACAUAAAAAAGCAAGGGAUUAAAAUGAACUGUCAUCUUACUACUUCUCUCAUUGACAUGUAUGCUAAGUGUGGUGAAUUGGAGGAAGCACUUGAGGUAUUUAAUUCAGUAGAGAGGAAAGAUGUUUUCAAUUGGAGUGCUAUGAUUGCUGGUUUGGCAAUGCAUGGGCGUGGGAGGGCUGCACUAGAUUUGUUCUCCAGAAUGCUAGAGGCCAAGGUCAAGCCUAAUGCUGUGACAUUUACCAAUAUAUUAUGUGCCUGUAGCCACACAGGAUUAGUGGAUGAGGGAAGAAAUCUUUUCCAUCAAAUGGAGCCAAUCUAUGGGGUUGUGCCUGGACUGAAACAUUAUACUUGCAUGGUUGAUAUUCUUGGUCGUUCAGGUCAUCUGAAAGAGGCUAUGCAGUUUAUAGAGGAAAUGCCAAUAGCUCCUAAUGCUUCUGUGUGGGGUGCUCUGCUUGCAUCCUGUAGACUUCAUGGCAAUGUUGAACUCGCUGAAAAGGCUUGUAGCCAAUUGCUUGAGUUGGAUCCCAAAAAUCAUGGAGCCUAUGUGCUUUUAUCUAAUAUAUAUGCCAAAUCAGGGAAAUGGGAUCAAGUUUCAGGGUUAAGGAAGUUCAUGCGGGAUUCUGGACUGAAAAAAGAACCAGGUUGCAGUUUAAUUGAGGUCAAUGGCAUUAUACAUGAGUUUUUAGUUGGCGAUAAUUCUCACCCUUUAUCCAAGGAAAUUUACUCAAAGCUGGAUGAGGUUGCAACAAGGUUGAAAUCAGUUGGAUAUGCGCCAAACGAGUCUCACCUACUGCAACUUGUUGAAGAAGAAGGCAUGAAAGAGCAUGCACUCAACCUUCAUAGUGAGAAGUUGGCAAUUGCUUAUGGUCUUAUAGGUAUGGGCCCAUCUCAACCAAUCAGGGUUGUAAAGAAUCUCCGCGUUUGUGGGGACUGCCACUCAUUUGCUAAGCUUAUAUCCAGGCUUUAUGAAAGAGAGAUACUGCUGAGAGAUCGGUAUAGAUUUCAUCAUUUUAAGGAAGGGCACUGCUCGUGUAUGGAUUUUUGGUGACAUGUAUAGUAUUUGGUAUGAAGAUGUCACUCAAACCACUGCAUAAUUAUAUUGUCAAACUAAGUCAAUUUUCCAAAUUACUAGGAAAGUUGAUUCCAUUUGUCAAAGUUUUUGAAGAAGAAACAAAUCUUUCAGCCCAAUGUCACGGGAUAUUAUAUAUUGGGGGUGAUUGCAGAAGACGCCUGGAAGCCCCAUGUCACUGGAAAUUAUAUAUUGGGGGUGAUUGGCAGAAGGCGCGUGGAGGAAUAUCAGAGUACGUUGUACUUCAUGGUUAGAGGCUAUAAAUCGAUUCAACUUUCCUAUUUUUCACUAGGAAAGUUUCCUUCAAAUACAAUUUGUACAAUUAUUGCUAAUCAGGAACAGUUGUAUACUAGCUUCAUUAGAUUCUAUAUUUGAGUAUUAAUUGAAAACAUAUAGAAAUUGAACCAGUUCUUCUGUCUUGUAUUGCACAUUACUGAAUUUGGCUCUGUCCAAUUGCAGCAUUAUCAAAGCUUAUACAAAUGGUUCCUGCUCAUUAUUGCAGCAGAAAUAGUUCAA